AACGUAAAUAUUCCAGGCUCAAACGACAGCGUUUUGAUCCACCUUCGCUUCCUCGUAUCUGAACCAGCAAGAACACUUCUAGGGUUAGCAAAUCCCAAUCGCAAACCCUAAUAUUUCUUCUACUGCGAUAAUCAUUCAAUCAAAAUGGCAAUUGCACGCACUGGAGUCUACGUCGAUGACUAUUUGGAGUAUGCCAAUACAUUGCCCGCUGAGCUUCAGAGACUUCUCAACACCGUUCGUGAACUCGAUGAACGAUCCCAAUCUAUGAUAAACCAGACAAGGCAGCAGACAAAGUACUGUAUGGGGUUCUCUUCUCAUGGCUCUAAGAAGGGUAAUCAUAAUUAUAAUAACAAUUAUAUGAAUGAGGAUGACGAUGCUUCCAUUGAGAAAAUGCGAAAAGAAAUUGAGGCGAAUCAGGAUAGCGCAUUAAGUUUAUGUACUGAGAAGGUUUUGUUGGCACGACAAGCAUAUGAACUGAUAGACAGCCAUGUAAAACGACUUGAUGAGGAUUUAACCUACUUCGCUGAAGAUCUAAAGCAAGAGGGGAAAAUAUCACAAGACGAGCCAGCAAUUCUUCCCCCACUGCCUAUUGUCCCUAAACCUGAAAAGCGCAGGCACGCAUAUGGUACACCUCAAUCGAAGAGACUUGAUUACAGGGAGAGAGACUGGGAUAGAGACUUUGAGCUAAUGCCUCCACCAGGAAGCCAUAAGAAGGACUAUAUGAUCCCUAUGGAUAUUGAUCAACCCAUUGAUCCAAAUGAACCUACAUACUGUGUUUGUCAUCAGGUAUCUUUUGGAGAUAUGAUUGCUUGUGACAACGAAAAUUGCCGAGGAGGUGAAUGGUUCCACUAUUCAUGUGUUGGCCUAACACAAGAGACAAGGUUCAAGGGAAAGUGGUAUUGCCCAACGUGCAGAUUACUACCACAAUGUCAAUGAUAAAUCUUUGCUCCAGUUGAACCAAGUUCAUAAGUAGUCAUUGUUGUUUGAAUAGAUUUUUCACUUUUUAGUGAAUGCAUAAUUUUGGGGUUGUGUUAUGAUUAAUUAAUGGGGUAAAAGUUUGAUGCAAAUCCUCUUAUGUAACUCUUUCCCUUGAAUACACGUGGGAUUUGAAUGAUUUGUCGUCUAUUUUGCUUGACUA